UGCAUAAUCACUUGUGCAACAGCUUAUACUCGCGUGAGAAAUAAUCGAGUAGGAAUAAAAACAGUUCACCUUUCUAACCAUCAUUUGGGCGCUUGUGUUAACGCCGAACGCUGCAAAACGUGAAAGUGAAAACCGAAAUGGCAGUGCCAGGAUCCAAGAAAACACUGAUACUUUUGAACGUAGUCUGUUUUAUUUGCCUUCUUGCUUUUAAUGGCCUAUCAAACAUCAAGUCACCACUGUUCCCAAGGAAUAUUGGUAAUGUUUCCAGUGAGUAUCCUACUGAAAUAACUCCAAGUGGGCCUACCUUCGCAAUAUGGGGUUUCAUCUACGCCUUCCAGAUGGCCUGGGUGCUGUACACGCUGACUCUGAUUUGCAGAUCGAAUGCAGCCGACAUUCUUCCCGCCACAUUGUACGUUGCUUUCACUGUAUCAUGUGUGUGCAACGUAUGCUGGGUGCUAGUAUGGGUUCGCGAAAUAUUUGGGCUGUCACUGGCAUUGUUAGCUGGGGCUGUCAUUUCACUCGCUACCUGCGUCUCCACUGCAUCAAAAAGCCUUCAUGACUAUCUCAAAAACGAAAAGAAUCCCAUUGUCGCCGAUGUCUGGUGCGUAAGAAUUCUGGUACAAAAUGGUAUCAUAUUUUACAAUGCAUGGGUUACGAUUGCGACUUGCAUCAACCUUGUUGUGACUCUACAUUAUCAGCUUGGUUUUGACGCCAGCAAGUCAGCCACGGCAGCUCUGGCGAUCUUGUUGUGUGUCACAGUCUUUUGGUUCAUCCUGGAAAAUUUUGUCCUACAAGAUUACACACGCUUCGUCUUUGCUGAGUACAUUGUUCUGAUUGUUGGACUCAGUGGUGUCAUGAAGGCACACUGGACAGGCGGACAGGGAAAUCAGUCAUUUGUGCUUGUCUGCCUCAUAGUAUCCGCUGUGUUUUUCAUUGCAAGAAUUGCUUUGAUAAUUGUUCAAGAAAAAAGAAAACCAAAGAGAGAGGAGAUUGUAAUGUUCCACAUGCCUGCUUCAAUUUAAAUGAAAUUUUCAAGUCAUGGGGUCAGUGAGUUCCUAAACUGUCAAAGAUUGACUGUGACAUGUUUGCUGUAAUUAUAGAAAUAGUUUUGAUUAAACCAAAUUAUUUUGCUGUAAACGCUAAGGAUAAAAACGAUGUAAAUUUGCUAAUGAAAUAUUUUUUACUUGAUACUGGUGUUCAAAGA